CACGGAGGCACCAGACCCCACUCAAUGGGGUCUCCAGUCUCUGGGAAAGCUGUGCCUGCCUGACACUGACACUCACAUCAUUUCUACCAUCUCCCAAGUGCACCCCUCCCAAUCCAGCCCCAGGAUGGCACUGCCUCCCAGCCCCCUGGCUAUGGAAUAUGUCAAUGACUUUGACUUGAUGAAGUUUGAGGUAAAGCGGGAACCCUUUGAGGGGCGAUCUGGCCCCCAAACAGCCUCACUGGGCUCCACACCCUACAGCUCAGUGCCUCCUUCACCCACCUUCAGUGAGCCAGGCAUGGUGGGGCCUACGGAGGGCCCGAGGCCAGGCCUGGAGGAGCUGUACUGGCUGGCCACGUUGCAGCAGCAGCUGGGAGCUGGGGAGGCACUGGGGCUGAGUCCUGAGGAGGCCCUGGAGCUGCUGCAGGGUCAAGGUCCAGUCCCUAUGGAGGGGCCCCACAGCUACUACCCAGGGAGCCCAGAGGAGACAGGGGCCCAACAUGCCCAGCUGGCGGAGCGGUUUUCCGACGCGGCGCUGGUGUCGAUGUCUGUGCGGGAGCUCAACCGGCAGCUGCGGGGCUGCGGGCGCGAUGAGGCCCUGCGGCUGAAGCAGAGGCGCCGCACGCUGAAGAACCGCGGUUACGCGCAGGCCUGUCGCUCCAAGCGGCUGCAGCAGCGGCGCGGGCUAGAGGCCGAGCGCGCCCGCUUGGCCGCCCAGCUGGACGCGCUGCGGGCCGAGGUGGCCCGCCUGGCCAGGGAGCGUGACCUCUAUAAGGCUCGCUGUGACCGGCUGACCUCGAGCGGCUCUGGGGCCGGGGACCACGCCCACUUCUUCCUCUGAGCGGCUAGGGGCCUCGGAGUGGUGUCGUAGGAAGGUGGGGGGCACCACUCAGGAGGCCACUGUCCGUUCACUAGAUGGUUACUGAGCGCCUUCUGGCGCCAGACACUCCGUGGUGUGACUAUACAUAAAUAUCCCCGAACUUCCUGGCCCCUCAGGGCAUGCUCCGAGGUUAGAUGCUGGUCAUUUUCUGGGAGAGAAGUCUAAUCACGCAGGCAGCCCAGAGCACCCUCCACCUCCCGUUCCACCCCCACGUGACCAGGACGCUGAGAUCUCGAGGAGCCAGUGCAGGGCACUGUGUGUGAGGGGGAGGGUGGGGAGGCGUGGUUGAUAGCUGGGUGACAGUGAAUGGGAGGCGAGGGAGUGGUGUGACUCCCCCUCAGUUUAGAUUUUAAUUCAAGGUUUUCAACCUGUAGUGCAUUAAGGUGGUAAUUAGCAAUGAAGCCAUGUUUUCAUUCCGAGGCUUGUAAACUCCCCAUUUUAGGAUGACUGCAUUUUCAAGAUUUCAGUUACCAACAGCAAGACAAGACUAAGAACUCUAUCCAAGAAGCUUUCUUCCUACCCAGCCCCGUGGCCUCCAGGGCCCAGAGCAGCAAACGCCUGAGGAGCACUGGGAGUGGUUGGUGUGGGCUGGGAGAGACCUCUGGGCAGGAGUCUGGGGACCUGGGUGCCAGUCCCAGCUCUGCCAUGGGAUACCUCUAUCACCUUGAGAAAACCACUUGCUUCCCUGGUUUUUGUUACCUCCCCCAAUCCUGGGCUGGAUGACUUCUGACACCUUUACAGUUUUGGCAUCUCCUUGGUGUGGGGUCCCAAGAGUCUCCCCAAGAAGCCCCCAGGACAACCUCACCAAAGGGACUUCCUUUCCUGCUCCUGCUUCCUGUUUGCAGCCUGGUCAGUGGAGGAGCCCACACACCGGUCCUCUGUUGCUCCCUCCAGGCUGCCUUGGCCUCCAGACCUGUGUAGGGUACCCUUGCUACCUCCUGCCUUGCUGAGGGCUGAGGUGAGAUUUUACUCAGUAUGACAAGAUGCUGAAAGAAUGAGAUUUUUGUGAAUUAAACUUGAAGUUCAGGCAGAACUUUA